AUGGAGAAGAACAACGCCGCCAGGACGCCAACAGGGCCCUCCAGUCCCACGGAUUCCGACCACCCCCCGAGCCAGCCAGAUUCAUCCACUCCGCCUCCACCACCGUACGUGCAACCGAUCCCCAUCCCUCCCCGCCCUUUAGCGGCGACCGAAUACCCAUGGACAGCGAGCUUGCCGUUUCGGGGCUGUCCACAACCCUCCACGAUGUCAAUGUACAUCCCAUCCGUGAAGCAUGUGGCACGGCAGGAGAAGGAUGAAAAGGAUGAGGAGAUUGAGGAGGAGGCCGCCGCCGCCGCCGCCGCCAUCAAGCCACAGCGCGAGGACGUGCCGGAUGUUAUUCAGAAGGGCUUCCAUCCCAGCUUUGUGCACAGACCGCCGACGCCGAAGCCCGUGUACGCGGAUUUUGGCGGGCGCUGGGUUUGUAAGGACGAGAAUGACGAUAGUUCCGGCGAUGAGAGGUAG